AUGCCUGAUCAUCUUGGUUCUGACAUGCGUAAGCAGAAAAAGAGUGCUGACACUGAGGACGACAAACAAUUUCAAGCCCUUGAUGAAGGUGACAUUGCUGUUUUGAAGCGAUAUGGGCAAGGUCCUUACGCUGAACAAUUGAAACAGCUCGAAAUUGACGUCGAAGAAUGUCUGAAAAAGGUGAAUGAACUGUCCGGCGUUAAAGAAUCGGACACUGGCCUAGCACCACCUGCAUUAUGGGAUAUCGCUGCCGACAAGCAAGCUAUGCAGCAAGAACAACCACUUCAGGUUGCUCGGUGCACCAAAAUUAUAACUGGAGAAGGUCAUGAUCCCAGAUACAUCAUUAAUGUGAAGCAGUUUGCCAAGUUUGUUGUAGAUCUUGCUGACACAGUAGCACCUACAGAUAUUGAGGAAGGCAUGCGAGUCGGUGUUGAUCGUAACAAAUAUCAGAUCCAUUUACCACUUCCUGCUAAAAUUGAUCCUACAGUCACUAUGAUGCAGGUGGAAGAGAAGCCGGAUGUCACAUAUGCCGAUGUUGGAGGUUGUAAAGAGCAAAUCGAGAAACUUAGGGAAGUCGUCGAGACUCCCCUUCUGCAUCCUGAGCGUUUCGUAAAUCUCGGUAUCGAGCCACCGAAAGGAGUGUUGCUUUAUGGUCCACCGGGAACGGGUAAAACAUUAUGCGCUCGUGCAGUUGCAAACAGAACAGAUGCGUGUUUUAUUCGAGUGAUUGGAUCCGAAUUGGUACAAAAGUAUGUCGGAGAGGGUGCUCGAAUGGUGCGAGAACUGUUCGAAAUGGCGCGUUCUAAGAAAGCUUGCCUAAUCUUCUUUGAUGAAAUUGACGCAGUAGGAGGUGCACGUUUUGACGAUGGUCAAGGUGGUGACAAUGAAGUGCAGCGUACAAUGCUUGAGCUCAUCAACCAACUUGAUGGUUUCGAUCCUCGAGGAAAUAUUAAGGUACUUAUGGCAACAAAUCGACCUGAUACGCUUGAUCCUGCUUUAAUUAGACCAGGCCGCUUGGAUCGUAAGAUUGAAUUUGCUCUUCCUGAUUUGGCAGGAAGAACACAUAUCCUGAAGAUACAUGCAAAACAAAUGAGCGUAGAACGCGACAUUCGAUAUGAUUUGCUGGCUCGCCUUUGCCCAAACAGUACUGGAGCUGAACUUCGUUCCGUAUGCACGGAAGCUGGAAUGUUUGCUAUUCGAGCUCGUCGCAAGGUCGCAACAGAGAAGGACUUUUUGGAAGCAAUCAAUAAGGUCAUCAAAGGAUAUGCGAAAUUCAGUGCAACACCGAGGUAUCUUACGCACAAUUAA